UAAAUUGUAUUGAUAUCAUAAGUAAUAAGUUAAGUAAAAAAAUGCCGAAGAAGUUUGAUGGUGAAAACUCCAAAGUGGCCGUAGCCAAGGCCCGUAAGGAAGCAGUCAAACAUGCAGAACAUAAGAAAAAGGAAGAGAAAAAAGAAGAAGAAUAUUGGAAAGAUGAUGAUAAAAAUGUUCAGAAGAAAUUACAACGUAAAGAUGAAAAGGAGAAGAAAAGAAUAGAACAACUGGAAAAGAAAAAUGAACUCAAAUCUUUGGCAGACCAAGAAAUGGCAUCAAUUAAAGUGCAACCCAAGCAAGCAUCGAGCAAAAUUUCUCGCCUUCAAAUUCAGGCUGAAUUGGAGAAAAGAGAGGCUGCUGCCAAAGGGAAGGGAGUACCAUCUAAAGUUGUACCAGUUGAAGAUCUGGAAGCCCCAAUUCCAGAAAAUAUUAAUAGAGUGGUAAUUGAUGGUGAAGUGGCAAGCUCAGUUGAUGAAGCUAUUCAAGUUCUAAGAAUUGCCGACUCUCCUGCUGAUAUUGAGCGUCACCCUGAAAAGCGAAUGAAAGCCUCGUAUACAUCUUUUGAAGAAAGAAAUCUACCACGUCUUCGCGAAGAAAAUCCAAAUAUGCGUCUUUCACAAAUAAAACAAAUGUUACAUAGAGAAUGGCUUAAAAGCCCAGAAAAUCCUCUGAAUGCAUCCCAAUUACAGUACAAUAAAAAAGCUUGUGGUGCUGUUCGGGAUUUGCAAGCUCAUCCUGUGGUUCUGGUCCCAGGUGAUGGUGGUAGUCAAAUAGAAGGGAAGCUUGAUAAACCUACUUCUGUUCACUAUGUUUGCUCCAAGAAGACUGAUUACUGGUUCAGUUUAUGGCUGAACAUGGAACUUUUAGUUCCAAUAGUAAUUGAUUGCUGGGUUGAUAAUAUGAAACUGACUUAUGAUAAUAUUACCCGAACAACUACAAACAAUCCUGGUGUCGACAUAAGAAUUCCUGAUUUUGGCAAUUCAACAUCAGUGGAAUGGAUUGAUCCUAGUAAGGCUUCAGCUGGAAAUUAUUUUUCCACCAUCGCUGAAGGCAUACUCAAAUUUGGCUAUGAAAGAAAUGUUUCUUUGAGAGGAGCACCAUAUGAUUUCAGGAAAGCACCAAAUGAACUUCAAGACUUCUUUGUGAACAUGAAAGCUCUUGUGGAAGAUACAUUCACUCAAACAAAUGGACAGAAGAUUGUAUUUAUUACUCACAGUAUGGGAUCUCCCAUGACUCUCUACUUUUUAAACCGUCAGACACAAGAAUGGAAGAAUAAAUACAUCAAAACAUGGAUUUCUCUGGCUGGUUGUUGGGGUGGAACUAUCAAAGCUUUAAAAGUAUUUGCCCAAGGAGAUAACCUUGGAGUGCGUGUAUUGAGUGAAACUGCGUUGCGCGAACAACAAAGAACAAGUCCGAGUUUAUCUUGGUUGAUGCCGUCUGACAAGUUCUGGACAACGGAUGAAGUGAUGGUUCAGACUUCAAGUCGGAAUUACACUAUUCAAGAUUAUCAAGACUUCUUCCUAGAUAUUGAUUUCCCGCUCGGAUAUGAUAUGUGGCAGGACACGCAUCCUUUGGUGCACGAUUUGACGGCACCAGGCGUAGAGAUCCAUUGCAUAUUCGGAACGGGUGUAGAUACAGCUGAGCGUCUAGUCUACAGUAAGUCAACACCACUUGGUAAAGCCACUAUCAUUAUGGGAGAUGGCGAUGGCACUGUCAAUGUUCGCAGUCUUGCUGCCUGUAGUAAAUGGACCAAGGAGCAGUCACAACCCGUCUACGUACAAGCAUUUCCGAAAAGAGACCACAUGGCUGUACUCUAUGAUCCAGUCAUAUUAGAUUACAUUCAGCGAGUUGUUGCCAUUAACCCACAAAAUGAGGUAGACGAGAAUUGAACCGGUUUGCAUAUUACCUUUUACUUUCGUUAAUAAUUCAACUAAAGUUUUCUCCUUGUAAAACGUGAUACCCAUUCUUGAUUUGGUAAAAUUCGACAUCUCAUUUACAACACGUAUCGUGUCAUUCUAAAAGUAGUAAUAUAAAUUGUACAUUCAUUUAUUGAACCUAACCCACAGUUUAAGCCAUAUACUUAGAUAAAAUACAAUUGAUUUGAAAAUGAAA